CCCAAAAGCCUGGAACGGUUGAGGUACACGGAAGACAUGUGGCUGGAAGAAAAAAGCGUGUUUCAGCAGCUGGCCCUCGACACCAGACCGAGGCUCAGCGAGCCGUUCCUUCGGUCGGCCGAGAGCCUGGACUUCCCGUGCUGUUCAGUCAGCUGCCCGGCCCCUCUCGCCCUGGACAGAAUCCCUACCCCCGAGGGGUCCAGGCCAGGGCAGAGCUCAAGGACAGGAGCGCUGGGGGAGCCAGGCCUGUGUCUGUCCCACCUCCUGUCUGGUCUGGAGCCUAUGGCAUCUGGGGCCAGGGAACGACCCUUUGGUCUCACUGCCUCUCCGGCGUCCAGGGGUUCUCAGGAGAGGGUCCGAAGGCAGUGACUCGUACAGCGACUCGUACGAGGGUUUUCCUCUGCCCUAUAACAAACCUGAGUGAAAGUCCCGUCCCCUAGUGACCCGGCACAGGUGGGGCCCCUUCCCAUGGGUGCUCCCAGGGAGAAAUCAACCCUGUCCAGGAUGAACUAGCUCGUCCCACCAGCAAGCAGCGCCCAGUGCUGGGCCCCUGCCUUUUUGGAGACAGAGGAGGUGAGGUUCAGGUGCCGGGCCUGAGUCUGUGCUGCAGUGGAACUUGGAGGCCAGACGUCCCGGUGCUCAGACUCAGGCGGUGGCUGAGGCUCACCGGUCCGGGGCAGCAGGUGCCGGGUGCGGGCAGGAUGUCAGUGGCAUGGUGCCACAUCGCCGGGUCCCCGACACCAGUGCCCUUUGGGGCCUCUGCUGACUUUAUAUGGUAUUUGUGUCCAGAAGCAAACGUGAGGACAGGGAAACUCAGAUAAACGAAAGACACAGGCUGAGCACUCCGCUUGAAUAACAAGCUCAACAGCUUCAUCUUCUCCAAGGAAGGCUGUCCCCAUCACUGGUUCAAGCAUUCUCUGCCCCACGGGAGACAAGGAAAUGCGACAACUCUCCUAAUUGUUAACACUGCUGAAACCUCAGCAGUCUUACAGCAGGGGGGUUUGCUCGGAAACUUCCACUGUAGGAACGCCUUCGUUGUCUUCCUGCUGAAGAACGACCGCGGGUUCACCGCUCGGUCCUAAACAAGACAUCUGUUUCCGGCCUCUGUUCCCGGUGUGGGAGCACUCAGGCCGGCCCGCAGCCUUUUGUCCCCCGCCCCAGUUUUCCUGCGGCCGCUGGGAGGGGGGGCGGUGAUAGGGGCAGAUCACAGCAGCUCAGGGGAGGACGCACAGCCUCAGCCACCCUCCGGCCCGGCCCUGCCUACUGGAGCCAGGCAGACUAAGGAAUGUGCGGGCGGCGGAAGUCCUCGGGCCAAGAGCGGGUUGUUCGAGACAGCUGCCGCCGGGCUCUGGGGAGGACAGACGGACCUUGCGGACCAGCACUGCGCCUCUCCGACAGCAAGCCCCACUGCACCUGGCUCACAGUCAAAAGCCAGCCAUAAAAGCUGAGCGAUGCCUCUGCUCCCACGUUUGCAGGGACAAAGAACGAAAUCGUCAGAGCGUCCCUAACCCUACAUCUAGGUGCCUUUUACGGCUCAGUGAUAACGCAGCAACUGAACUUUAGACAAUUUUGAUUAAACUUAAGUGAGCACGUGUGGCCAGAGGGUCAACCCUCACAGGGGCGCCGUGCCGCACUGCGCAGAUUCAGACGUGAAGUCAGGCACUUUUUAAGGCUUACUGCAAGGAAUUAAGAUGACAAUGGCCGGAUUCGCACCACACGCGAGGAAGGACGAACAGGCUGGCCGUUCUUUCACUGCAGCCCCCGCCCGCGCCCCCCACGGCGCCUCUCGCCCGCUGCCGGGGACCAGAGGGCUCGCAUCGGGUUUGGGUGGCUCACUGUUCACGCACAGUCCGCCCCCUCCGCCCUUAAACAAGUCUCCCUCCGCAUUCCCUCCUCGCUCGUACCCACGGAGGGACCCGUCGGCACCGGGUAGGUGAGUGGACGCCCGGCAGGUGCGCCAGCGGGCAGGGGCGGGGCCCCGGGGCCAGCUGCCCCGCGAAGGUACCGCCGCGCACGCGUAUCUUGCUCCGCCAGGCCUUAUUUCUCGGCACCGCCCGUCUCCGCGGAGCGCCAAGUAAGUCCCCGGGCCCGCCCCUGCUCGUGCGUGCGCGACCCCGCCGCCUGCGUCACUAGGAAGCGCGCGCCCGCGCUGCCGCCGCCGCCGCCGCCGCCGCCGAAUCCCCAACAAGGAGCGGAGCCCGCGGCCGCCGCCGCCGCCCCCGCCGCCGGCCUCCGCCGCCCCCCGCCCGCCGGCGCCCGCGCAGGCCCAGCCGCGGCCCAGGACUGGCCUGAGAGCCCUGCCGAGCCAUGGCGACCCCCGACGUCAGCAUGCACAUGGAGGAGGUGGUGGUGGUGACGACGCCCGACACCGCGGUGGAUGGCAGCGGCAUGGAGGAGGUCAAGACGGUGCUGGUGACGACCAACCUGGCUGCUCACGGGGGCGACCUGAGCGAGGACAACAUGGAGACGGAGAAUGCGGCGGCCGCGGCCGCAGCCGCCUUCACAGCGUCCUCGCAGCUCAAGGAGGCCGUGCUAGUGAAGGUGACUGAGGAGGGGGAGAACCUGGAGGCCGAGAUCUUGUACCCCAUCACCUGUGGGGACAGCAGAGCCAACCUGAUCUGGAGGAAGUUUGUGUGCCCCGGCAUCAACGUGAAGUGUGUGCAGUACGACGAGCACGUCAUCAGCCCCAAGGAGUUCGUGCACCUGGCCGGCAAGUCCACCCUGAAGGACUGGAAGAGGGCCAUCCGGAUGAACGGCAUCAUGCUCAGGAAGAUCAUGGACUCCGGGGAGCUGGACUUCUACCAGCACGACAAGGUCUGCUCCAACACCUGCCGCAGCACCAAGAUCGACCUGUCGGGCGCCCGCGUGCCCCUGAGCAGCCCCACGUCGGCCGAGUACCUCCCGCUCACGCCCGCUGCGGCCGACGUGAACGGGUCUCCCGCCACCAUCACCAUAGAGACCUGCGAGGACCCCGGCGACUGGACCACGGCCAUCGGAGACGACACGUUCGCCUUCUGGCGGGGGCUCAAGGACGCCGGACUGCUGGACGAGGUCAUCCAGGAGUUCCACCAGGAGAUGGUGGAGACCAUGAGGGGCCUGCAGCAGCGGGUGCAGGACCCGCCCCUGCAGCUCCGAGACGCUGUGCUGCUGAACAACAUCGUGCAGAACUUCGGCAUGCUGGACCUGGUGAAGAAGGUGCUGGCCAGCCACAAGUGCCAGAUGGACCGCUCGCGGGAGCAGUACGCCCGAGACCUGGCUGCCCUGGAGCAGCAGUGUGACGAGCACCGCCGGCGGGCCAAGGAGCUCAAGCACAAGUCCCAGCACCUCAGCAACGUGCUCAUGACGCUGACGCCCGUGGCCCUGCCGCCCCCCGCCAAGCGGCCGCGGCUCGCCAGGGCCGCAUCCGGGCCGGCCGCCAUCGCCUCGCAGGUGCUCGCCCAGUCCGCCCAGAUCGCCCUCAGCCCCGGCGUGCCCGUCUCCCAGCUGACCGGCGUGCCGCUCGGCAAGGUGGUGUCCGCCCUGCCCGCCCCUGCGCUGGCCAAGAGCUGCCCCCAGGUGGCCCCCGCCAGCUCCCCAGCCUCGCCGCUGCUCGGGGGCUACACGGUGCUGGCCUCCUCAGGCACCUCCUUCCCCGGCACGGUGGAGAUCCACCCGGACGCGUCCAGCCUCACGGUCCUGAGCACGGCCGCCGUGCAGGACGGCAGCACGGUGGUCAAGGUGGUCAGCCCCCUGCAGCUGCUCACCCUGCCCGGCCUGGGCCCCGCCCUGCAGAACGUGGCCCAGGUGUCCCCUGGGGGGAGCACCAUCGUGACAGUGCCCACGGGGGCCGUGGAGAGCGCCGUGGUGGCCUCGGGACCGGAGGAGCACACGGCCACCAUCGAGGUGGCCACCGUGGCCGAGGGCCAGGAGCACAAGUAGCCGCUGCUGGAGGCGAGGCCCUUCGCGGGCAGGGGCCGGCCCCGUCCUCGGGGCGCGGCGAGUCCGCGGGGCUGCCGAACCAAAGAGAGGAGACGCCCGAAGGGGCGCGAGGAGGGAGAGGGGCCGCCGGCAGCAGCGGCCCGGGACGCCCGCCGGGCCCCGCACUCCAAACCUCCUCCUUGUUUUCUCGGAAACGUAUUUUUCCAUCUGUUGCUUACGAACACUGUUUACACGCCGGCCCGGCCAGGAGCCAGACGGGAGGGCGCGGCCCGCGCGGCCGGGGGCACGUCACUAGCACAUGUCUUGGGGACCGACCCCGAGGGUGGAAAGCCGUGGAUCCUAUGGAUUUGGUUUCUUCCCACAGUUUUCUGUAGGUUUAGUGCGGCUGGCACUCUGCACCGGCCCCGGCGCGGGCGCGGGCGGCGUGUCGGGUCGGCGUGGGCUCGGGCCCGGGGCCGUCCCGGGGUCUGGGGUGCGGGCCUGGGCAAACCCGCCUGCGUCGAGGGGCGGGGGCCCCCCUGCGCACGAGCUCCCCCAAGCCCGCCCGCCUGCGGACGCCCGGCGCUCAGGGGCCGCCCCCACGCACCGUGGGGCCUUCCCAUGAAUUCUUUAGCCGGCUUCUAGGAAGAGUCAGAUUUAUAGUGUUUUCAACCCAAACCAUGCUGAGUGCCUAGGCUUCCGGAAUCCGCCCUGGAUUCCAGAGGGUUUUGUACAAAGCGGCUGUCGGGACGGCCUGUGUGAAGGUGACCACGUGCUGGAGGUCCCGGCACUCAGGUCCCAGGGUGGGACUGCUGAGACAGGCCCCGCCUGGGACCUCCGGCCCCCCGGGGGCUGUGCCCACUGCUCCGGGGGGGGAUGUGGCUGCCCAGAGGGCACAGCCAGGGCCAGCGCCAGUCACGGUGGGCACCCAGAGGCUCGCUGACGGGCUGUUGGGGGCCACCCGCGGCUCUGACUCCAGCAGGGCCCCUGGGACGGCUCCAGCCCCUCGGGCACCGGGGCCCGGGGGCCGGGGCGUGUGGCCCGCUAGGACCCUUCUCCGGGUCCCCACCUCGGGGAGGACCCGCCUGCAUUUUGAAGGGAACUGGGACCUGACCGUCCGUCCUUCCAUCUGUCCAGCGCCCCGGCCCCACCUCAGUGGGCCCCGCCCUGCGCCCCACCGCUGAGGCCGCCUCCGUUUCCUCUGUUACGUGUUUCUGUUCGCUGUUCACGGGUCCGCUGGUGCCGGCGUGGUGUUUGCUCUCGUUUGCGUCCGCACUUCUUCGCGGGUGCGUCCCGACGGAGUCUCGAGGUCCCUUCGGGGGCAGCGUGGGCCCUGCUGGUGCGGGCAUGCCCCGCUGGUCCCCAAGUGCACCAGCCUCGUUUGCCGAAAACCGCCCCCGGCCGGGUCAGAGCCAGACUCGCCCACCCACCGGCCCCCCGGGCCCCCGACCAGCCCUGGGGGUGCACUGCAGAGCCAUACACGCGGAGCCCCCGCCCAGCCCCGCACCCCGGUGCACAGGGCCCGCCCU